GGAAGUGCUUGUAAAACCGGACGUCCGGAGUUGUCAAUGUGACUUACCUCGGCUCGAACUGUUAUGCUUUCAUAGCUUCUUCAGGUUUUGCUUUAAAGUCUACAGAAUGUUUCUAACCACCGUCAAUUUGGCCAAGGCAAAAUCAAAGACCGUCCUGGUGCAGAUGGUGAGCGCUGCAGGGACAGGCUACUUCUUCAACACAAAGAGGAACCGUCUCAGAGACAAACUGGUGAUACGUAAACAUGAUCCAUUUGUGAACAAACACGUCCUGUUCGUGGAGAAGAAGAAGAUCAGAUCGAUCUGACAGUGCACCAAAACCUAUGGACAACAUAAACCUGCCAGGUUUAAACAGACUCUUUUUAUUGCCAUGGAUUAUACAAGGUGUUUCGUCAGUCAACAUUUCUGUUGGGCUUGCUGACACGUUUUCAGAGGAUUUCUUCUUGGAUCUGUCAGAAGGCCUCUACUCUCUGCUCAGCAGCAGUUCAGCGUGAUGCAACCCCGACCGAUACUGAAGAAACCCGACUCCUGCCACUGUAAACAAAAUACCACUCGUGUGUAAAAGUGAUGAAUUUAUUGGGGGCACAACAGCUGUCUUGAUGUUACAAAUAUUAUUAAACAGCUCUACAUAGUAUUAAUGA